AGCAGCGGCAGGCCGGAUGACCGAAUCGAUGACGAUAGUGACGGUUAUCAGAACGACAGGUCUUCCCCUGCCGUCCCGGCUCACCACAUUGAGGAUAGUUCGAAGCAGCCACCGUACGCCAUCAUCAUCUACGAGGCCCUGAUGAGCAUUCCCGACAGAAGGAUGGUUCUAGCAGAUAUCUACAAUUACUUCAGGUGGCGAAUGCCCGCCCGUGCUGCACGUGAUGGGGGUUGGAAGAAUUCCAUUCGGCACAACCUUUCCAUGAAUGGGGCUUUCAUCAAAGAGGCUCGGCAUUCCAAUGACAAUGUCAAGCGGUACAUCUGGGUUCUGUCAAAAGAAGCACAGCAGAACGGUGUGCGCUCGACCACACGAUACCGAAGAACGGCACCGCGGGCUACCAAGCGUUUGCAGAAUGCACGCAGAAAGGUGGCCACGAGGAGUAUGGUGAAGAAACAGGCCGGAUCGGUCCCAAUGUCACCCCCGCCCUUGAGGAACGCAGGCAUCGAGUGGCCCGCCACAUCGCCACCGUUAACUCCAACGGCUGUCGAACACCCCAGGGAGUAUGAAAACGCCGCCAGAGGGAACAGCAGCAGAGGCAGCAAUCCGUACUCUCCGAGCCCCCACAUGAACACCCCGCCACCCGAGCUGGAACUUGACCAGUCAUCCCCUUCGCCGAGGCUCUCUCCGAUCAAUACCACCGGCCUGGGUGUGGGUUACACAGCACUGCACGUCAAGGAAGAACUGACAUCUCCUAUCUUGUACACCCUGGGAGACGAGCCUACUCCCGAAGCCUUUAAAGAUACGGUGUUUACAGACAAUGCGGUGCUUGUCUGUGCUGGGGGUGAAUGGCACGAGGUACCAUGGCCGGAUUCCCCAGCUACAUCGCUUUUCGAGGAGGAGUACAAUCUCAUCCGAGAGAGCUCCUGCAACUACAGCGAAUGCGGGCUAGCAUGAGUGGCACCUCGAACCACAACGAAACCUCUUCUACAUGCGCAGGUAGCCGGUUGCCUCUUAUCAUCUUCCCUUACCAUAUAACUCUCUUUUCUUUUUCCUUCACUUUUUCUGUCGGUUUAUUUUGUUUUCAUGUUCAGCGGUGCUACGAUUCGCUAGGCUAGGUAGCUAGGCGGGUGGACGGGUGGGGGGAGUGUGUUUGAUCGAUCGAUGUGUGGCUUUUCCUUUCCUUUCCUCCUUUCCUUCGGGCUUCUAUGUAUAGAAAAUACCUUGUGGCGUUCGGUUUUCGUUUCUUCUUUUCAUUUUACCACUAUAUUUCCUGCACCUAGUACACUUGUAUCUCUGCGUAUCUCACCGCAUAUCAGACUUCCUUCUUAUAUAUGCUUCCGUUUAUAAGGUGGUUUCUUUUUUAUCGAAUUCAUAUGUAUCUGAGUACUUAGUUUAUGUACCUCUACACACGAAGAGCAUACCUAGUCCCAGUAUCCACCUACCUAGCUUA